AUGGAGAAAAUUAUAAAGAACGAGGAUAUAUUGAAGACCAUGAUGCACCGCUAUCGAAUCCUCAGCGCUCAUCUAACAAGCGCCUUAGCAAUGAUACCCUUCAAAUCUUGCAUUGACAGUGACAGCGACGGCGAUGAGAUUGACUCUGCCUACAAUCUGCCACUAAAAUUUUGCUCUGAUUAUAAUCAUGCAUUUCUCUCGUGGAAUAGGGGGUUUCCCCUGGAGCAUCUGUCUAUAAUGCUGGGAUUGCGGUCUACCUGUUCAGCUGCAAGACAUUACCGCAAAGAAAUGGCAGGCACUGCAUAUUUUUCAGACUCUAAGAUGGUAUAUUUUGACAAUGAAUUGGUUAAUAUGUAA